AUUAAAUAUCGUUUCAUAAAUUUUAAUAGGAAAAAGAAGUUCUACUUCAUUUUUGCCUUCAUAUAAUUUACCUACACAAAAAGUAUUUAGAAUCGACAGCUUGACAAGAAAGCAUUUUUCGGGAAAUAUUAAAAAAAUUAACUUUAAUCGUUUAACUUUUUUUUUUUUUUGGUUUUGUAUAUGUGAUUAAAUUUGAAAAAAGUUUUGCAUGCAAUUGCGCUUAAAUUCAGUUGCAAGUUUUAUUCCAAGAUUUGGAGCAAAUCUCGAAACACCAGCAGCAGCAGCAACGGCAAUAGUUGGCGUUUCAUGAGUCAGCAGCGUCAAGUCUAAGACGAGUCUACAUAUAGAGAGUGAGAGAUUCAUCGCGUCAUCGCGUUGGCUGUGGCUUUCUGUUUUAUUUGCCCACACUCAUUCCUAUAUAUACACACACGUUUACACGUCUAAAUAUAUAUAGAGAUUGAGACUGAGGCUCACGAGAGCUGCUGGUACCUCUGACUGACUUUAUUUGGAAAUGGCGUCACAAGGUGACGGAGAGCCGCGCAGCUCAAGGCUGCAGCAAAUGCAGAUGCGCUUCCAACAGAAAACUCACCAGGAGCAGGUGCAGCGUCGCUCUGAGUUAAGUACGGCCAAAAAUAAUGGUAAUAGUGCCUUGACUUCCGCCACUCAUCCGGGAAAAGUACGUCAAAUGUUUGAUGAACGUCGCCGUGGAGCGGGCAUUGAUCGUAGCAAUCCCCUCAAGCCCAUUGCAUCUGUGGUCUCAACAUCAUCAAUAACAUCACCCAAAGCAAGGCCACAGGAUGAUCAACAGAAACUAGUAAAAGGCAUUACGGCCAUGAGUCUAAAGGAGAGUGCCACCUCGGUUACAGUCAAACGCCGACAGGCUAGUGAUAAUAAUAUUAACAACAACAAAUACAAUGCAGCUGGAACAACAAACCGACUGAAGCCUGUGAUUACUCGAAAAUCUCCACCCACUCAGGAGAAGGAUAGCCAGAAUCGUAAUGUCUCUACGCCGCUGAGAAGUCCAAAGCCAAUGCCAGCGGCAACAAUAAAGGUAAAGCCCUCAGUAACUCGUCCGGCUGAACCAACUGUUCCACAAACAAGGAAGCCUCCAGCCCGGAAGAUCGAACCCAAAUCUCCAGUGACCAAAAAUAAUAUGCAAAACCAACCAGCUCCCGAGGGCACUGAGACUUGUCGCUUUUGUGGUCGACACUUUUUAUCUGAACGCUUGGACAAACAUGAGGCCGUGUGCCAGCGUACAAUGAGCACUAAACGCAAAAUAUUUGACGCAUCCAAACAACGGAAUUUGGGCACAGAGAACGAGAGAUAUGUGAAGAAAACAAAGACAGGAGGACGCACGACGCAGGCAAGCUACAGUAGUGCCGCCCAACAGCAGGGCCUCAGCACAGGCGUAAAGAAGAGCAACUGGCGCAAGAAACAUGAAGAGUUUAUCCAAUCGAUACGAGCGGCGAAGCAAUUGAAGGCGCAUUUGGCUCGCGGUGGCAAGCUGAGCGAUUUGCCACCACCGCCGCCAUCAGAGAAUGCAGAUUAUAUCAAAUGCCCCCAUUGCGGCAGACGUUUCAAUCAGCAGGCUGCUGAACGUCAUAUUCCUCGAUGUGCCACCAUGGUCCACAACAAGCCACGUCGCGAUGGUCCGCCACCGCUGAAGAAGCGCUGAUCUGGUUUAAUUUGGCUUUGACAAUGAAAGAGGUCGAGUUGUUCCCUCUUUCUAUUUUUUACUUGUGAUAAAGGAAUUUAAUACAUCUAA